AUGGAUAACGCUCCAACCACCAACGAGACCAAGGGUAACCCAGAGUCGAUGACGAACAAGAUCCUCGAAACUGGAGCAGCCGCUACACAGAACUUCGCCCCACCCAAGCGUGUCUGCGCUCAUCUGAAUGCCUUCCACGCAUAUGCCAAUGACCCUUCUCGUUGCAUCGAGACCAACCAUUACUGUGCUCACCUGAACGAUGGUAUGCCUUCAUCGAAUGCUCGUCUCAUCGGUAUCGAAUACAUGAUAAGUUCUCGCCUCUACGAAACCUUGGAUCACGAAGAACGCAAACUCUGGCACUCGCACGUCUUCGAAGUCAAGUCUGGAAUGCUUCUCAUGCCUCGCCCUACUGGUGUCCCUGAGGCUGUCUGGGAAGUUGCCGAGAACAAGGAGAUGGAAGAGGUCGUCACUCUGUACGGCAAGAUCUACCACCUUUGGCAGACGGACAGGGGUCACAAGCUUCCAUUGGGCGAGCCUCAGCUGAUGACCAGCUACACCGACUACAACCAAUUCGAUUUUGAUCAGAAGUACAUCAAGGAGCCCCCUAUUCAUCAAGAUGCUGCCUGGAAGGAGGGAAGCCACACCAAGCAGUCUGAGAAGAGUAGCACAAUGACCCACCCUUCUGUCAUGCAGGAUAGCCAUAGUGCUGCUUAG